ACAGAACUCUGAGGGGUUCCAAAAACUGCACAACAUAACGUGCUAAUAUUAAAAUAUAUAUUGGAUAUUGGAUAACUAUAGCGGUAAACACACUUGGCGCGCUGCGUAUCUUAUUUGACGAGACAAAAGCAACUUGUCCUGCAAGUUUUCAGGAUAGAAUUAGACAACCGAGAGACCAUAUAAUGAAGAGUGCGAUGUUCCUUGGGAGACUGAGACCAUUUCUCAAAUCACGCUUUGUAACCCUACGAGAAUUUAGCGACAGUUCUUCUGAAAAAGUUCCUUUUUAUAGCACGAAACCAAGGUUUAUGUACAGGGAUUACAUUGAGCGAGAUUUUGAAGAAGAAAGAAAAAGCCAGUUUGUAAUGACUCUUUUCUGGGCCUGGAUUACUUAUUUUCUCAUUAAUCAUCCUGAAGAAUUGACUUCACCUGCUUCACCUUCCAUCUUCCCUUCAAAUCUUCUACCCCCAACCGGUUCGUUUUUAUUUCCACGAUCAUUCCGAUCACAUUUCAUCUCUGUUUCAACAUUUUAUUUUAUCAUGCUGAGCCAUUAACUAUCAAACGAUUAGUAAACUUCCCUUGUUUAAAAUUUUUUAAUACCUUUGUUUAUUAAACCUCACUGUCACCAUGUAUAACAGAAGUUUAUUAUCAGUAUUAUUAUCACCCUGUAAAAAUAAGUGUAUAUAUUUGCGAUUGUAAAGCUUUGAAAAUGAAUUCGCCAAAAAGAGAACUCUUCGCUGAACUAAUCUUUCUUUCUUAUUUAAUGUCAUAAUGGGCAUAUUCAUUUAGUUGUCUCGUAUUCCCUUCACUUUCAGCUUUUUCCGCUGUCGUUGUUAGGUCUUCCACAUGUUUCUGCUUGUCAGCUCUUCUUCAUUUGCUUGUUUGUUUCUGGGUAUUCAGCCUGUCCCUUGACUUCUGCUCUUGUUCGUCUGUUGUCUAUUGCUAUUUCCCACAUUAUCCAGACAUUCCACGUACCGAUAUUUACUGUUGCUCUGAUUGUUAGAAGGAGCAUCGACCUCGUGAUUUUCGAAGAAUCUCAGCUUUCUCCAUGAGGUAUAAUUCUUCUGAAUAAAGACCCUAAACUACCAAGACAGCGUUUAAAUAGUUUAUCCUAGUUAGCGUUUUUUAGAAAGAUUAUUCUCUACGGCAUGUGGUUGGUGACUCCAUGCCCAAACCUCUUUCUUUACUCGGGCUUGGGACAGUAACCCUAGAUGAGCUACAGGCGGAGUUGGUAUAAAAGGGCACCAAAAUAUAUAUGCGCCACAGUGUUUAUCAUUAAACUUUUAUGGGCCGGGAUAUUGUCUGGGUCCUAAAACCAAAGUAGGUGGUUUUCUUAAGGACCCACUUCCCGAGUGGUGGGGCGACGUCAGAUGAAGUUCCAUGAUACCUGGUGACCAGGAAUGGUAUCAUACGCCUUUUGUUCCCUCAGGAUCCUGAAGCCCAUUUUGAAUCAAGGUUUCCCAACUUUCCUAGGUGAAUCAUCCGUAUCCACCAAUCCACUUUAAGUGCUGAACACCCGCUUUUCGUCCUCAAUUUCGUAAAUAACACUCCCGCCACGAAAAGACCAUGGGGACUUCCCUGACCCUCGACCGUACCACAGCAUAUUCAGGCACAUCAUCAUAGGGCCUCAGGUUUCAUUCGUACUGAUGAGUAGUUAGAAAAACGAAAUUUUUCAACUACCUCUAAUAUGUUCUUUGAAUCUGGUUUUCAGCUUCUAUCGUCUGUGUCCUCUUAUUAAUUAAUUGUUUCUGAUAUCAUUUCAUUCAAUUUUUCACUUUAAUUAUUGUAACAAAAACAUUUUAUUAUCUUCAUGCACACUAUAAUCCGUUCCUAACUUAUUAAUUUUACAAGAUUUUCUGUUUGUACACAUAAUCUUUCUAUUAGACCAUCUUGGUUAUUUCUUGUUCACAUUUUCUCACAGAACUGGUACUUCAACAAAAAGUUACAUUUAUGUAUACGGUUGUACAUCUUGAUAAUAAAUUCGUGAGAAAGAUAUCUCUUCGCUGA